AUCCACGGAGGUUUAAGGGAGGGUUUAGGUCUACCAACUGGUAGUUAGGGAUUGCACUCCUUAACCAAUCAAAUUCAAAGAAGCAAGUCAAGCAAACACCAAAUCACAACAAUAAGGAGAUACCAAACACAACAAAGCAAUGCCCAAAAACAGAUAUGGAGAUUCAAAGAGAAAGCAAUGGUUUGUCUUGUUGAACUUCUUCACUUCUUCUCACACUACAUAAUAAAAGAAACCUUUUUUGGAGCUUUCAUGUAGAUACAGGGAGAGAGAGAGAGAGAAAAUGAUAGAAAGAGAUGUGUGUACGUGCGUGAUUCUGUAUAGUCACUGUUAACUCUCACGUGGGUAUGGAUAGAAUGAUGGAUAGAUGAUAUUUUUGACAAGGAAAGGAACAAGGGCAAAGAAAGGGAGUGAUGAUUUCUUCUGCUACUUCGGAUUCGCAGCACUGAAACUUUUUAUGUUUGGAUACAAGGAAGAUUGGUUCCGCAGAUCGGAGCUGUUCUGUUCCCCAACAAGAUACAAUUUGAUACAGGUUUCCAGGAUGCUAUGAUUGUGUAAUCAGAAUCUUUAAGACUUAUAAGGUGAUGACCUAGAGGAAAGAUGGCUACUUAUUUUUCCAGUUCCAACAAUCAGAAAGAUGCCUCGAAUUUUCUGUAUUCAAGGGAAUCUUUGCCUGGUUCUUAUUCAGAAGCACAAGCUGUUCCUGGGAAUAUUAUGAUGUUUAUGAACUAUUCAUCUUCGUCUGGUUUAUGUUCUGACACCAUAGCUGAGAGCUCUCAGGAGCAAAGUCGCUACACUGAUAUUCCGUCUAUUGGAUCACAACAGGGAAUUUCAAGCAUCAGAGGGUCGCAGAUUGGAGCACAUGAUUUGAGUAUGUGGAAAGAUAAUAGGAAUGAGAUGCUAAUGAUGCACCACCCCAUGGGAGGUGCUCUAGAUGUUCUUCAAACUGCACAUAGCAUGCAGGGUCAAGGAUUAUCCCUUAGUCUUGGCACGCAAAUCCCAGCGGGAAUUCAAGUUUCACCUCAGAAUCCUUCCCAAGGCUUCACAUCGUUCUUGAGUCCUCCAUCCAUUCCGGGUGAAGGCAAUGGCGGGAAUAGAUCUUUUGGAGAUAUUGAUGAUUCCCACGCAAAACAAUCAAGGGCCAUGGAGUAUCUGCUUCCUGGCUUUCCGAGCAGCUAUGAUGCAAUGAAAAUGGAUGGUUCUCCAUAUGGGAUGCCAAGUAUCGGGAGGGCUUUCCCAGACUCUAAGUACUUGAAAGCUGCUCAACAAUUACUCGAUGAAGUAGUUAAUGUCAAGAAAGCUGUAAAGGAGCGCGGUUCUACUAAAGUGGAGGUAAAUGGUACGAAUGAAGUAGAUGCUGAUUCGAACUGUAAAUCCUCAGAUCCUCCCGUGACUGGAUCAUCUUCGAACCCACAAGAACCAAAUGAGCUUUCGGCAAAUGACAAGCAGGAACUGCAAAACAAACUCACAAAGCUUUUCUCUAUGCUGGAUGAGAUUGAUAGAAGGUACAGACAAUAUUACCAUCAGAUGCAUAUGGUGGUGUCUUCAUUUGACGUUGUAGCUGGUGAAGGGGCAGCUAAACCUUACACGGCUCUUGCACUUCUGACAAUCUCCCGUCACUUCCGCUGUUUACGUGAUGCAAUAAGUGGCCAGAUUCGAGUAUUACAAAAGAGCCUUGGCGACCAAGAUGUAGCGGAUAAUAAUAAAGGGGUUGGAAUAUCUCGCCUUCGUUACGUGGAUCAGCAGCUCAGACAACAGAGAGCGCUUCAGCAACUUGGUAUGAUGCAACCACACGCUUGGAGACCACAAAGGGGGCUACCCGAGAGCUCUGUUUCAAUCUUGCGUGCUUGGUUGUUUGAGCACUUUCUUCAUCCCUACCCAAAAGAUUCUGAUAAAGCUAUGCUAGCAAGGCAAACUGGCCUAACAAGAGGCCAGGUCUCAAACUGGUUCAUCAAUGCCCGAGUGCGACUUUGGAAGCCCAUGGUUGAAGAAAUAUACAAAGAAGAGUUUGGUGAUGCUGAAUUCGAUUCCAAUUCUUCAUCUGAAAUUGCACCAAAAGCGACAGAAAGUGAUACUAAGGCCUUCGAUGAAAAGGAAAAAGGUUUCCAACCACCAGCAACUUCUCCCGGAGAUGAGCCAUCAUGCAUCAGUGGCAAAUUGUUUCAGCCGAAGUCCAAUCGUGCUUCUAACGUAGAAAUGGUGGAAUCAAAUCUUGGCAUCAGUUUCCGAGAUGGAGACCACGUGGAAACUGAUAGUCAGUACGAGACGGGGGAUCGAGGAGGGGCUGCAGAUACAGUUCUGCAGUCAAAUGGAGCCCACAAUAGAUUCAUGUAUCCUGCAUCUGCUUACCACAUGCCAGAGCUCGAAAGGUUUGGAAAUGGGAAUGGGAAUGGGAAUGGGAAUGGAGUUUCACUAACGUUGGGAUUGCAACAGUGCGAGGGCAGCCAUAAUUUUGUCUCAACAAGGGAAGACGACGUGUACAUUCCUUCAGCUUCUUCUGUGGAGCCCGAGGCGGGUGAUUUCAACUACAUAGAUCCCGAGAACAGGCAGCACCAGUUUGGCUCGUCCCAUCUCUUCCACGAUUUUGUAGCAUGACAGCAUCUCUUCGAGUUUUGAAACCGUUAUCAGAUAAAGAACGAGGAGCAGAAGCUGUGGAGCACAUUGUACUCUCUAUAGCAAAGAUUGAUCUGUAAAUUGUUUUUUUUUUUUUUUUUUUUAAAUCUUUUUAUUGAUACACUUGAGAACACUUGUAAGACUGUUUUGGUAUAUUUCAAUGAGCUAAACAUUGAUGGUUCCAUCUCUUGGAUGACAGAAAGAACCGCAUUGAAAGGACAA